UAUCUGCCAAUGCCCAAACAGGCCAUUCCUCCCCCUCUUGCGGAGCGAGCGCCACCGCAACCCCUCUCCGGCCGUCCCGUCCGGCCGUCCCCCAGGAGGUAAACGCCGCCCUCCUCCUCCGCCGUCUCCGGGGGCGGCCGUACCCGCCACGAUGAACAGCAUCAAGUCGGCUCUCCUCUCCGGCCAACGCCGGCACCCCCUCGUUGCGGCGGCGGCGGUGGCGGCCCCGCAUCAGCAGCUGGGAGGCGCCGCGUCGUUCCACUCCACCCCCGUCCUGCAGCGGAAGCGCAAGACGCAGUGGCACAACAGAUUCAACUAUUACGCAAAACGUAGGAGGAAUAGAGAAAAUAAAAGGUCGAUGGUACGGAAUAUGUCGGAGUAUGCAGAGUACCUCUUCCAGAGUUGGCGGGAUGAAGAUGAGAGAACUGAUGCAUCUAGUGGACCUUCAUGGUUUAGAGGACAUCGUUGGGUUAGGAAUUCUAACAACAAUGGUUUCCGUACACAUGAUUUUUAUUACGGAAAUUUCAGAAGCAGAGGAGGAUUUGAGUUUUGCACGAGUGAUGAGGAUGAACCAGAGAUUCUGUUUCGUAAUGCUUUUCGAGACCAGCACACAUAUUAUUGGUCCUUUUCCUCUGAUAAUUUUCAGUGGAGGAACUCCAGACGUGCUCACUCAGAAAAAUUCAGAAACUGGAGUUCUGAAACGGAUGAUGAGGAUGAAGAAUCCACUCCAUCAGAGGUAUCUUUAGCACGGCAAGCUCUUGGAUUGAGAACCUCUGGUCCGCUAAAACUUGAAGAUGUUAAAAGCGCAUACCGAGCAUGCGCACUUAGAUGGCACCCAGAUCGCCACAAUGGAUCAUCUAAGGCUACAGCGGAGAGAUUCAAGCAUUGCAGUGCAGCAUACCAGACCUUAUGUGAUAGUUUGGCUGCUGCAUAGAUAAUUUUGAAUGAAGAUAGGUGCUGCAUGAGUCCCUUUCAAACUUGUAGCUGCAAAUUCUGAAGAGCUACCAUGUGCUUGUGGUAGCCGUUACCACCCCAACCCCAAAAGUAGCAUUGCUCUUGGCUCUUGGGAAAUUGAGUCAACCCAAAAUUGACCAAAUAAUAUGAGUACUGUACCAUGUAAAAUCUUUUCUCACAGGUCAUUGUUGUAUUUUUUUAGUGAUAGGAAGACAUUGUUUAUACCAGUCAUUAUUUUAUCUUGGCUGAGUUACUGUACUGCAAUUUAGGUCUGAAUGUUUUCAACAGGCUAACAGUUGAUUACAUUACUAUCUUUGCUGCUGACAAA